AUGCCGUCUUCGGAUUGCCAAACUGCUUUAGAUUUAUAUAAAUCUUCGGUUGAGUUGGAAGUUGAGCUUCGUCAAGCCACAAAAUCUAGAUCGAUUUUUGACAAACAAGUUGCUACUUUACGUUCUAAGUUACGGGAUAUCUAUGAGAAAAUUAUUUUUCUUGAUUAUGAAUUUGCUCAAUCUAAGGAAGUUGAACAGAACUUGUGGAAAUAUGUGUAUUAUAAGGUUAUCGAAGAUUUCAGAAAGAAGAUCCGUGCCUUGCCCGCCCCUGCGGCUAAUGGAAGAUCUAAGUCAACUUCUAAUAAAAAGUUGAUUAGUUCUUUUCGUUCUUUUCUACAUGAAGCGACAGGAUUUUACUAUUCAUUUAUUCAAAGACUUGCGAUUCAUUUUGCGUUGAAACAGUUAGAUCCAGUUAUAAAGAAAUUUGGAUUAACGAUAGAGCCUACUGAAGUUUGUCAGCGUUCUUACUCUGAAGAUAUUAAACAACGAGCUGUGCUUAGUUGCCAUAAAAGUUUGAUUUUCUUAGGUGAUUUGGCUCGCUAUCGAGAAUUACAGAGUGAUCGAACAAACAAAAACUGGUCAACCGCAUGUGAUUACUAUAAUCAUGCUAGACAGCUAGUUCCUGAUAGUGGUAAUCCUCAUAAUCAAUUGGCUGUGAUUGCCACUUAUAAUUCUGAUGACUUUCUUGCCGUCUACCAUUAUUAUCGCAGUCUUGUUGUCAAACAUCAAUUUUUGACAGCGAAAGAUAAUAUUAGUCUUCUGUUCCAUAAGGCCCAAAAUGAUAAUUCACCUGACGGAGAAGCGGAUAUGGUUCAAAAACAGCGAGAAAAUGGUGGAAAAAGACGUUUUUCUCAUCAACGUCAAGUGUCUUCGUCAUCAAUGGCUCAGUCAAAUAAGUUAAAGACAAACGAGGCAAUUCAAUCUUUUUUUGCUGAUUUCAUUAGGUUACAGAGCAUAUUAUAUUUAAAAGUAAAUUUAGAAUCAUACUCUGAAUUAAAGGCGUCUGUAUUGAAUCAAUUGAAAGAGCAUGUACUUUCUCGUGCAUUGGAACCCGACCAUCUUUUGAAAUUGACCGUGAUAAACAUGGCAGCUUUAUACGUAAUUCGACUCAUCUCCAACGGUGAAAAUGGAAGCACUAACCAUAGCCCAAAAGCUACAUCCACAUAUUCACAAUCGUCCAAAAAGGCUCUUGUCGAGAAGCAUUCUGUAUUAUUGGUGUUGGAUACCCUCACAACAUUAUUGGACAUGUGCAACUCUGAAUUAACCGAUGUUUCCCUUGACGGAAUGGAUCAAAGGCACAACGCAGUUCAGAUUCUUCCUGCUUCUGUUAAAAGGAGUCUUGCAUCUCUUCGUGCGGGAACGAAAUGGGUUUAUUCGAGACUUGAUUAUAUAGCAUCUAUGUCUAAUAUUAUUUCUAAAGAUCCUAACGUUAAGAGCGAGUUUGGUAAUUUUGCAAGAUUUUGGGAAUGUUAUGCCAAAUUUCUUAAUGCAAUGGAGAAAUUAUUACCUCAUGAUCAAGGUGUUCCUCUCGAUGUUCCUUUGAAGGAGGAUUUUGAACUAAACGGAUUCUCGGUUCUUAAGGAUCAUAUAUUUGUGGAUAAAAAUACAACAGCAAAUCAGGUCGAGCCAUUUGAAGAAGUGGACAUGCGUAUUUAUGAUAUUUUUGAAGAUGCGAAAAAGAUUGCUGAAUCAGAAUUGACUCAAUUAUUUUAUUAUGAUGGAGUCUUUAGCGCGAGUGAACCUCCUUGCAAAAUUACUUCUCCUGUUAAUAAUAUUCUUAUUCCGGCAGAACAUGAAAUUGUAGAACAUGAUUUAGAAGACACUAGAGAUGAAUCUAAAGUUGUCACCGACUUGAUUAUUGACCGGGACGAUCAUAACCUAGCCGAAUCACAGUCAUUUUCACCGAAUAGUCCUAAAGGAAAGAAUAGUGAUACAGCCGAAGAUGAAUCAGAGGAUGAGGUAAUCUUAUUCACGGGUCGUCAUUCGACAAUUAUUGAUAAUGAUAAUUUAAGUGCAACCACCUCAAAAAAAUCUUCACCUCGUCUAAUUGAAAAACAAGAUAGCCCAACAACAGCUGAGUUCUUACUGAGUCAAGUUUUAAAUCAACCAGUUACUUCAUCCACUUCAUCCGGUUCUUCUAACAAACUAAAUGAACAACAAAAGUAUUGGAAUCAUUUUAAUACGCCCCAAUUAUUCCCUACUAACAACUCCAUGCAAUAUGAUAAAUUAGAAACUAAACCCGUAAUUUCAGAUAAACUAGAUUAUCUAACACCUGUAAGCAGACCACCUACUUCUAUUUCAAAUGGACUUUUGAAUAUGAACAUUAACCAAACUUCGGUCGCGAGCCCAACACCUGUUUCUGGAGUUCCAAAUGCCUCUCAAGAUCCUCUUGUCCCAUCCACUAAGCGUUCAUUAAAUGAUGUAAAAACUGCACUCCCAUAUCAGAAUAUGGCUACUUCCCCAAGUCCAUCUGCUUCUCUAUUUGCAUUCCCGGGUUCAGAAGUAUCUCAAUUUGGUUUGUUUGGCCAUUCUAAUAAUGGUUAUACAGAUGCUCCUCCAGCUAAAGUUGGCACAUCAACGACCGUAGCUCCUCCUCCUGGAUUUACUUCUGAUCCAUCUAAUUUUGAAAUACAUAAACAGGGUCAACAACAAAGUAGCAAUUAUCAACAAUCUUUGUUUCAAACAUCUAACGCUUUCGCAUUUCCAUCCUUUGAUAUUAUGCGCACUCAAUGGAAUAAUGGUAGCAAUUAUAAAAUUAAUGGAACGCCUGAUAAUAAUACUACCAUGCAAGUCAAUGGAGCAACUCAUCAAGGAAAUCGUGAUAUGAAUACUUGUGCAUCUGAUCAAACUACCGAUUCAUUAUUUUGGUUCACGGAUCCCACAGAUACAAAUCUCGCAUCGGCAAAAAAAGGAACUAAUGUAUCUUUGUCGGAUCCUAAAACAACAAACGAUUCUCGUGAUCAAUUUCGCUAUUAUUCACCUGGUUGGACCCAUGCAUCAAUUGGCUAA